CACAAGAAUUUUGUUUUCGUAUUCGUAUUGUAUUUAUGUAUUUGUAAUUCGUUUGUAAUGUGUAAAAACUUUACUUACACUCAUCACAAAAUAUUGUAAAAGAUAACUGUUAGAACAAUAAGUUGUAGGUCUAGUGUAAUUGAAUAUUUUCUAACAAAUAAUGCAGUUAUUGUAAACACAACGAGCCGGUUAGAAAGCCACAAGUAUGACUUCUAUUAUAAAAUUACACUGUCUCUCUGGUGCUGGGGAUGAAUCCCCGCCUUGCUAUGUACUGCAAGUGGAUGAAUUCAAAUUCCUAUUGGAUUGCGGAUGGGAUGAAAAAUUCGAUAUGGAGUUCAUCAAGGAACUGAAACGCCAUGUAAAUAACAUUGAUGCAGUACUACUCUCACAUUCUAACCCCUUACACCUUGGAGCGUUGCCGUAUGCAGUGGGGCAGCUAGGUCUAAACUGUCCCAUAUAUGCCACUCUGCCCAUAUACAAAAUGGGGCAAAUGUUCAUGUAUGAUCUGUACCAGUCGUAUAGAAAUGUAUCUGACUUUGAUUUGUUCACUUUGGAUGAUGUGGACACUGCAUUUGAUAGGAUUAUACAGUUGAAGUACAAUCAGACUAUUGAUAUGAAAGGCAAAGGUCUAGGCCUCCGAAUUACACCACUUGCAGCUGGUCACUUACUCGGAGGUACAGUGUGGCGUAUCGCAGCGCCGGGAGAAGAGGACAUUAUAUAUGCUCCAGACUUUAACCACAAAAAGGAAAGACAUUUAAAUGGCUGUGACAUAGAAAAGAUUAUGCGUCCGUCACUAAUGUUGCUUGGUGCAAUGAAUGCUGACUAUGUACAACAGAGAAGGAGAUUGAGAGAUGAGAAACUAAUGACAACAAUUCUCACCACUCUCAGAGGAGGUGGUUCAGUGCUUGUAUGCACCGACACAGCGGGAAGAGUUCUGGAGCUGGCACACAUGUUGGACCAACUGUGGAGGAACAAGGACUCUGGACUUGUUGCGUAUUCACUGCUUCUACUGUCUAAUGUCAGCUAUAAUGUGGUGGAGUUUGCCAAGUCACAGAUAGAAUGGAUGAGUGAUAAAUUGACACGUGCGUUUGAAGGCGCGCGUAGCAACCCCUUCGCCCUGCGCCACCUCCAACUGUGCCACUCCGUAGGGGAGGUGACUCGCACUCCUGGCCCGAAGGUCGUGCUGGCGUCUUUCCCUGACCUGGAGACGGGCUUCGCGAGGGACUUGUUCCUGUUGUGGGCCCCACAGGCACAGAACUCCAUUGUUUUGACUUCCAGAACAUCUCCGGGUACAUUGGCGCGGGAUCUCAUAGAAAAAGGCGGGGAUAGGACCUUAGAACUGACAGUGAGAAGACGAGUUCGCUUGGAAGGCGCCGAGCUUGAAGAGUUCCUGCAGCAACAGCGGUUGAAGGUUAACAACACUGUCAAGGAAGAGACAGGCGGCAUAUCGUCGGACUCCGAGUCUGACAGCGAGCUAGAGAUGUGGGUGGUGACGGGGCGGCACGACAUACCGGUACGCAGCGACUCGCGGCCGACUGGCUGCUUCAAGACCAACAAGCGCCACCACGCCAUGUAUCCAUGCCACGAGGAGCGCACCAGAGCGGACGACUAUGGGGAAGUCAUUAAACCUGAAGACUACAGAUUGGCUGAAAUAGUUGAUGCCGAAGGAGAAAUCCGGGAUGUGGCUCCUGCGCCGCCGCAGAAACAGGAACCUGAUGAGGAGAUGGCGGAGAUCCCGAGCAAGUGCGUGAGCUCGGUGCGGCAGGUGGCCAUCCGCGCCAGUAUCCAGUACAUCGAGCUGGAGGGGCGCUGCGACGGCGAGUCGCUGCUGCGCGUCGUGGCGCACGCCAAGCCCAGGGGCAUCGUCGGCCUGCGCGCCAGUCCAUCUGCACUGGUUACUUUGAAGAAGCACUGUGAAAGUGAAGGCAUAGAGAAGAUAUUCACGCCCAACCGCGGAGACACAGUGGACGCGACGACUGAAUCGCAUAUUUAUCAGGUGAAACUGACGGACAGCCUCAUGUGCGGCGUGUCGUGGAGAUCCGCGGGAGAUGCGGAGUUGGCGUGGCUCUCCGCUGUCAUCACGGCGCCGCGAGCGAGGGAACCCACCGCCGAGGACGCGGCAGACGACGAGAUGAUCUCGCUGGAGUGCGCGGGCGCAGCGAGCGCGCCGCACGCCGCCUCGUUCGUGAACGCGGUGCGCCUGUCCGAGCUGCGCGCCUCCCUAGCGCGCCUCGGCCUCAACGCAGAGUUCUCGGCCGGCGCGCUCGAGUGCUGCAACGGCACCAUUGCGAUACGACGGUUGGAGAAUGGUCGCGUUGCUCUGGAAGGGGUGCUGUCCGAAGAGUAUUACAAAGUGAGGGAACUGUUGUACGAUCAAUUUGCUAUUGUUUAACGUUAAGGCUGAUUUUUGUUAUUAGGUAAUAGUAAUUAAUUACACUUUCUAAGUCGGUAUAA